CCACCUCUCUGAUCUCGCUCUUUAUCUAUAUAUACACACAUAUAUGUGGACAUACAUGCAUGUAUCUGCGUGUAUGCUGUUGGGUUGUUUUCAAAAUCUCGAAUUUCGACGGUAAAGGUGCUCGUUUGAUUAAGAGGGAUUUGGGAUCCUCUGUUUUCAUUUGGGGGAGAGAUCUUUUAAUCGUUCAAGUCAAAAGUACUUUUGUGACUGAGGGAGAGAGAAUGUCUGGAGGUGGUACUCAGAAGAGUAUUCGGAAGGCACUUGGUGCGCUCAAAGACACGACCACUGUUUCUUUAGCCAAAGUCAAUAGUGAUUACAAGGAAUUGGACAUUGCCAUAGUUAAGGCUACUAAUCACUAUGAGCGCCCUGCAAGGGAAAAACACAUUAGAGCUAUUUUUGCUGCUGUUUCGGCUACCAGACCUCGUGCUGAUGUGGCAUAUUGCAUCCAUGUACUUGCCAGACGGUUAAAAAAGACACAUAACUGGGCGGUUGCAUUGAAAACAAUGAUUGUAAUUCAUCGCGCACUGAGGGAAGUGGACCCCACAUUCCAUGAAGAGAUCAUUAAUUACGGAAGAAGCAGAAAUCACAUGCUCAAUAUGGCUCAUUUCAAGGAUGAUUCUAGCGCUAACGCAUGGGAUUAUUCUGCCUGGGUUCGUACAUAUGCCCUAUUUUUGGAGGAAAGGCUGGAAUGCUUUCGUGUGUUGAAGUUUGAUGUUGAGAUGGACCGGCCAAGAACCAAAGAUCUGGAUACCACGGAACUUCUCGAGCAUUUACCAUCUUUGCAACAGCUCCUUUUCCGUGUACUUGGCUGUCAGCCGCAAGGAGCAGCAGUCAAUAACAUUGUUAUUCAGUUAGCACUGACAAUGGUUGCUUCUGAAAGCAUGAAAAUCUAUCAAGCCAUAAGUGAUGGUACAGUUAAUUUGGUUGACAAGUUCUUUGAGAUGCAACGCAAUGAUGCUAUGAGGGCACUGGAUAUAUACAGGAGGGCUGGACAGCAGGCCGAGAGACUGUCAGAAUUUUAUGAAAUAUGUAAGAAUCUUGAUGUUGGACGUGGGGAAAGAUUUAUCAAGAUUGAGCAGCCUCCUCCAUCAUUCUUACAAGCCAUGGAAGAGUAUGUGAGUGAAGCCCCACGGAUGUCAACUGCUCGUAAGGGUCAGGUCGUCGACAAUAAAAUUUCUUCACCCAAAGAAGUCUUGGCUAUAGAAUACAAAAAGCCUGCUGAGGUGCAGGAGGAACGUCCACCAUCACCACCUCCUCCUCCUGAGCCGGUGAAAGUAGCAGCACCUGCUCCUGUUGCUGAACCAACCGAUUUGUUGACUUUGGAUGAUCCAGCUCCUGCAGCUGCAUCAGAAUUAGAACAGAAAAAUGCCUGGGCUCUGGCUAUUGUUCCAGCUGAUCAACCAACCAACACUGCUCCAGUACAAGCAAAUGGAACUACGGGCUGGGAAUUGGCACUGGUUACUGCUCCAAGCUCCAAUGAUGGUGCUGCUGCUGCCAGCAAAUUGGCUGGAGGCUUAGACAAGCUUACGCUGGAUAGCCUCUACGACGAUGCAAUUAGACGAAGCCACCAACAGACCACGAGCUACAAUCCCUGGGAGGCAGCACCAAUGGCCGGUCUACCAAUGCAACAAACAGCACACGAUCCUUUCUAUGCCUCCAACACAGUAGCUAUGCCACCAUCUGUUCAGAUGGCAAUGAUGUCCAACCAGCAACAGGGUUACAUGUUGCAACAACAGCAACAGAUGAUGAUGAUGGGUCCACAACAACAGCAGCCCCUAAAUCCAUUUGGUAAUCCAUAUGGACCCGGUAUGUACCCUCACAGUUCAGGUAUGCCCGUUCCAGCCUACAACCCAUAUACUGGACAGUCUGGACUUAUGUAGAUGCUUUUCGCGAUGAACACGUUCUUUAUCCGAUAAAAAUACGUCAAGGUUGAAAAUGUAAUGGAAGAAUCAUCACGACUUUGCGGAUUUGAAGACUAGACAAUUGUGUAUGAUAUCUUUGUGUAUGAGCAGUAUACAGCUAGAAAAGGAGAUUCAUUAUUAAAUAAUCAGCAAAGUAGGAAGGGAUUGUUGAUUUUUUUUAGGUUCAUGAAGGCCGGUAAUAAUGAUUUUGGACUCGAUCCUUAUGUUUUGUUUUUCGAACCUGCUUGUUUAUUGAUGAUGGUUAAGCAGGAGCUUCAUAUGUUGCCAACUUUUCUGAUUUCAAUUCUUUUACACCCCUCCUGUAUUCUUAUAGGUAAAUAGAAAGUAUUUGUAAUCUUCUGUGAUUUUGCAUUUAUAGAAUGAACUGAGCUCUGUCUCUUGUCUCUGGUUGUCUCA